AUGUCACAGCCUCUCCGUCUCCAAGACAAAGUCGCCAUCGUAACAGGCGCCUCAUCAGGCCUCGGCCGAGCGAUCGCCGUCCGGUACGCGCAUGAAGGCGCCAGAGUCGUAUGCGCUGAUCUCUCGCCCAUGGCCCGAUCGCGCGAGGAGGCCGAGAUCACCACGCAUGAUCUAAUAGAGAAGAAUGGCGGACAGUCGCUCUUUGUGCAGGCUGAUGUUGGAGAUGCAGUUCAAAUGGAGAAUUUGGUUCAAACUGCUGUUAAGCGCUUUGGGAGGCUGGAUAUUCUUGUCAAUAAUGCCGGUAUCAGUAUCGAGGCGCGCACUCCGGCGGUUCUGCAUCUUACUGACGAAGCGACGUGGGAUACGACCAUGAGGGUCAAUGUGAAGUCGGUAUUCCUGGGGUGUAAAUAUGCCCUUGCGCAGAUGCUGCAACAAGAGCCCCAUUCAUCAGGGGAUCGGGGGUGGAUUGUCAACAUAUCGUCGAUAAUGGGGAUGAUUGUCGGGCCUGAGAACCCUUCGUAUUGCGCAUCCAAAGGCGCUGUUAGCCAACUGACGAGGCAGAUUGCUUUGGAUUAUGCGCCUCACAAGAUCCAUGCGAAUGCUCUGUGCCCUGGAUAUACGCAGACUGCGAUAUUCAAGGAGACGACGACCCAUCUGACGCCCUGGGAAGAUCUGAAUCGGCGGCAUCCGUUGAAGGGGCCUGGACUGCCGGAUGACGUUGCUAGGAUGGCGGUCGUUUUGGCAAGCGAGGAUGCGAGCUGGGUUACUGGUGUCUGUUUACCGGUCGAUGGCGGAUACACUGCUCGCUAG